AUGGGUCGUGCACAAUGUUUCGAGUGGCACGAACGUUUCAAAAGCGGAAGAACAUCUCUAGAAGACGAUGAGCGAUCUGGAAGACCCACUACGAGCGUCACCUCUGUAGAUGUGGAGAAAAUUCAUCAGCUUGUCGGAGGACAAUCAGCCACAUCAGUGACGUAUAGGUCCGUGCAGGCAAUCCUGACGUCUGAGUUGAACAUGCAGCGUGUCUCUGUCAAGUUUGUGCUCCGCCUGCUCGCCACUGAGAAGAAAGGAGAACUCGGCAAAGUCUAUCAAGAUAUACGUCAGCGUUCCGUUGAUGACCCAGGCUUCAUAUCGAGGAUCAACACCGAUGACGGGAAUUGGGUCUACGGAUUACAUGCUCACACAAAAGAUUCAGUACGUCUCAGAAAAUUCGGUAGUUUCAAAAGCUCUAACAAGGCUGAAAUACUGGCUACGGAUCUACUAGAAUUUCAAGAUGAAGAUAAAUUUGAAGACAGCAGAGGACAAAUUCUACGACACUAUACCCAACCUCUGUAUAAGAAUGCAAUCCAAACUUGA